AUGAAGCAUUCCUUGUCUUGUGGUUAUCAAGAGGCAUACCUAUUGGCUAUUGCACUUGGUCCUGCUCUUCUUGCUUGCAUUUACAGAGAUUUGAGUGAGUUGAAAGAUUUCUUACUGCCUUCCAGAAAUAUUACCCCUAAAGUGUGCACAAAAAUUGGCUUGUGUUCCCCGCUUGGUUGGGUUCUGAUUUGGGCUUGGGAGAGAUUUCCUUUGUCUAGUCCUAAGCCUAAUCCAAUUAAACCAGAACAGCCAAGAAUAGCCAGAUGGCAUGAGAAACGAAUGGAUAAUGUUGCAGAUGAUGCUUUGGAUUCAGCUGGGGAAUAUUUUGAAUGGCGACCAUAUGCUCUCAAGUUGACAAACUGGAAUCCUAGCAAGUUAUACAAGGAGAAUGAUCAGUACAUAAUCGUUGGCCCUGAUAUGGAUUCUGAAGUGGAGACAUUGGUCCAAUGCUGGAGAAGUUCUGAGCUAGUUGGAUUGGACUGUAUGGAACAGUAUCUUCCACAUAGAGUUGGAAUGCAAUUCGGAUUCGACCAAGAUAUUCCUGGAUUUGUUAAAAGGUUGAAUGGCCAUACAGCCGAGUUCGCCUGGAACCAUUACAAUAGGCCAACUAGAGAUGCCAGGCUAUAUAUUCCGGCCAGAUUGCUUGAGUCGGAUGUGACAGAAAGGUAUCUGAAACAAUGGAGGGCUCACCAGUUGAAUUUGAGAAACGAAAAUGGUGCAGGAAACGAUGCCCCGCAUCAUAAUGUCAUUCAGCAAGCAGGUGAAGUAUAA